AUGGAGGAAAAUGAAGAGUCAGAUAGCCCUAGUUGGGGUGCUUCAUUCAUGCAGACAACUGAGGAUGUUGCAAGAGCUGUUGCAGCAGCCGCAGCUGCUGUUCAUUCAGCACGACCUUCUGUGGUAUAUUCCUCAAAAGAUGAUAGCGAUAGCCCACUCCAUAAACUUCAAAACCAUGUUUCUAGAAUACUUAAAGGCCUGUCAAGUCCUCCAGAACUUAAAAGUGGACCUUACAACCCUGAAAUACUAACUAGUCAAAAACGUCAGUGGGCUAACUUUCAGUUGCAGUCCCUGGAUCACAGAGUUUGGAAAGAGCCAUCAAAGCUUUUCGAGAGCAUGGUUAUUGUAGGACUUCAUCCUAAUUGUGACAUUCCUGCUCUUCAAAAUCUUUACUUAGCUAGAGAGUUUGAAGGAUCAGGGGGAUUUCGAAGUGCCCUUGGUGAUCAGCAUCAGUCUCGUGUAGAACCUAGCCUUGAGCCUCAGGUCUUGUUUGUUUACCCCCCAGAAAAGCAGUUGCCACUCAAUUACAAGGAUCUCCUUUCUUUCUGCUUUCCUGCAGGAGUAGAGGUUAAUGCUGUUGAGAAAACUCCUUCAAUGAGUGAGUUGAAUGAGAUACUGCUUGGACAGGAACAUCUUAAACAGAGUGAUCUGUCCUUCGUCUUCCGACUGCAGGUAGCUGAUGAUUCAACUCUGUAUGGUUGCUGCAUUUUAGUUGAAGAAAUCAUACAAAAGCCAUCAGGAUUGAUUUCCAUGGUUUCAGAUGGGCAAUCACCUCCCUCAAGUCUGAGCCGCCACAUUUUAACCACACGCCGAUGCUACUGUAUUCUUUCUAGGCUUCCCUUUUUUGAACUUCAUUUUGGUGUACUGAAUAGCAUCUUAACUGAAGAGAGGCUGGAACGGUUGACGAAACAAAUUAGUAGUCUAGAUUUGGAAUCAUCUGUUGGCUAUGAUGAGGUUGAAAUUUUGGAGGAAAAAUCUGGUGGCAUAUUGCUGGAGGAUGGAGCAGUCAACAUGCUGAAUGGGAUGGUUGGAGCUUCCCUUCUAAGCACGACAGGUUCUAUCUCAGAAAGAGUAACAGACGAUAUAUCUCAUCUUGGUCAUGAAAGUUUAGAUAUAGACAUUUACUCCAAGAUAGAUCUUAAUAGUGAUGUUGUCCCACUUCAUCCCGGGAAAGAGAAGCUUGUUUCUAGUAGAGAAUUUGCAGUUGAUACUUCUGCUGACCACAAUUUUACCAACAAAGAAUCAGCAGACAAAUGUCUAACAAAUGCAGUUUUACCGCUAUUACAGUGUCAGCAAUGUGAAAGCUCUGAAUCUUCCUCCAGUUUUCAAGACUCUCCAAGUGAAGAUAGACGUUUCAAAAGUGAUGUCGACGAGACAGAAACAGAAGAGGCAUCGUCAUCUGGCCAAGAUAUUUUUAGCGAGCUCAGUGAUACCCUUGAGUGGGCUAAGGCAAAUAACCAUGGAUCCCUACGAAUAAUUUAUGAAUAUUACCAAUUAUGCUGCCCAACACGGGGUUCAACUAUCAAGUUUCAUCCUCUAGAACACCUGCAUCCUCUGGAAUAUUAUAGACCUGAUGAAAUAGUUCUGCGCAUUGCUGGAUCAACAAUUGAUUUGGGAUCAUGUAAAACAAGUUUAGAAUUAGCCGAGGUGCACAGUGCACUCAUGGUGGAGGAGGAGGCAACUGCUUUAGCAGUAUGGACUGUUGCUUGCUUAUGUGGUUCCCUGCGACUGGAGCAUGUAUUGACAUUAAUUGCUGGGGCUCUACUGGAGAAACAGAUUGUGGUUGUUUGUUCAAAUUUGGGUAUCUUGUGUGCUUCGGUUCUGUCAAUUAUCCCCCUGAUACGUCCUUAUCAGUGGCAGAGUUUGUUAAUGCCGGUUUUGCCUAAUGACAUGCUAGACUUUCUGGAUGCGCCGGUUCCUUACAUAGUAGGUGUGAAGAACGAGAAAACCGAAGUACAGUCGAAGUUAAUAAAUGUCAUUCUAGUAGAUGCAAACAAGAAUCAGGUGAAAUCCCCGACGUUACCACAGUUACCUCGGCAUCAAGAACUAUAUUCAUGCCUCAGUCCUUAUCAUACAAAAUUGGUGGGAGAAAGUUACUCGGGGAAGAAAAGACCAGUUUAUGAAUGUACUGAUGAGCAGGUUAAUGCUGCCAAAGGUUUUAUUGGAGUGUUAAGGUCUUACUUGGAUUCACUUUGUUUUAACCUUCGGUCUCAUUCGAUAACAAAUGUUCAAUCAAAUGAUGACAAGGUAUCAUUGCUGUUGAAGGAAAGUUUCAUUGAGUCUUUCCCUAGUCGAGAUCGACCUUUUAUGAAGCUCUUCGGGGACACGCAACUCUUCUCUUGCUGUGAUGCAUUAUUGACCUGGAUUUGGUCGAUCCUUGAUAGCUAUAAUCCCAAGCAUCUUGAAGAGGUUUAA